AUGCAUUCAAUCAGUUUGGACUCGUACGGAGAGCACACCAACAUUGGCCACGGUGAGGAUAGAACGGUGAUAAAACCCGCUAGCAACACACACCUGCUACGUGGUUGUGUCGAUACGGACAAAUCAGCGAGCGCAACGAUACUAAUUGACAGUACUGCGACGGGAAAACACACUUCCUCAUUAGUUGCGCGAAAGGAUACAGAUGAAAAUGACAAUAACAGCUGCGACGCAACGCCUACCGAGAUGAGACCAUCCGCUUUGGAGCGAAUACUUAACAAUACGGAGCAUUCCUACGAAGUGGCGCGAUUGUCUCAGCAAAAAAAUUCCCCGUACCGAAACCGUUCUAUCCAUUCGUUUCCGGACCAGCGAUCGGUGGUCCCGUAUCCUCACGGUACCUCGGAAAAACCGAUGAAGCAGUGCGAAAUGAAGUUAGAUCAAUCGCAGCACCAUUCCACAGCCAUAGGAUGUACGUCGCCCAACAGUGGAAUAAUUUUCCACAGGACGUACAUAAAAAAACCGUCACCCGCUGUAACCCGUAACGUAGAAGAUCGUCUAAGGAGCGUUUCGCCUGGGUUACACCCUGUGAUUUGUUUGGAGGAUAUUAGAUGGCGCAUAUCGCUGGCAAAUCGUCAUGGCAACGACGAUACACCACCCGGUACAGGGGUCUUAAGCAAUGCAGACUUUGAAGCCGGUCGGUCAAAUGCGGCUCGAUCUUGCAUCAUUAGGCGAUCAUUUCAUAAAGACAGCUUAGUAAUUCCUAAUAUCGCUAAAAUUACGCUCGAGCAAGAAUCAUCCCAGUCGGACGGAGCAAAAGAAGACAGUCCACAGUUUCGAAGGCGCUUCAGUUAUUCAAACGUGAAAAAAGAGCGCCACGCAACGGCCUCGGUUAUUCGGGAUAACAAUCCAGUGAGGCAAACAGCCGGAGCGCAUUCCGCGCAAGAUUGGAUGGAGGUGUGUGAUGGAAUGGAAGGCCAGCAACAGCUUCAACCGAAAAUGGAACCACACGAAUGCAAUGGAACUUUGUCUGCACGUUGGGGUAACGAGGUGGAGGAAACGGUUGAGGCAAGUUCUAUGGCCAACUCGUACGGAGAUGACGGUAGUUCGGGCUGGUCGAAACAUUUCUCCACCCAGCCGAGCACGUUCCGCCGGGAGCCACCUUCCGAUGGGCGGCAGAUGGCUAGUGAAUUCGAUCUGAUGCUGCAAAAGAUCAAUCAAAACAUACCACCGAUGUCGCACAUGGACCGCAUUGCUCAGUGGCGCGUGACGGCGGAAGAUCUGCUGCAUUCGAUACCUACUAAGGCGCAGAUCGAAACAAGCUUCUCGUGUGCGAAGCGACCGUUUUACGACGCCACGGUGCACCUGUCGAGCGACGAAGAUUCAGACACGCUGGCCGACGACGCCGGGGAGGCCGCCGUAGGCGCAUGUCCUAAUGGCGGACAGAUGAGGGGUACCAAAAAACGACGUACGUUCAACGAAGAGGCAAGCGGUCUUCUGGACGAAUCUUCGAGCAUGGUGAUAGCUAGUCCAAUGAGGUCAAAGCUUCCGUUUGGAGGUAACGGCGAUUGUGACGGUUUGGAUUUUCGGAAAAGUCAAGUUAAUCCAGAAAUCGAUAAACCAACUGAAUCGUGCAUUCGGAUUUUGGCGAGGAAAAACUACCACAAACUUCCCACGCGAUACCGGCCGGGUGCAGGAUUUCAAUGCGAAAGGCACGAGGAAACCAACGACGAGAGCGGUUUAUCCGGUAAACCGCCACCAAGUGUUACGACCAAACCGUACGCACAUCUGCUGAGUCGCGACGAGGAGGAACGGGAAAAGUUUCUGCAGUACCUCCGCAUUAGUCCCGUUUUCCGCACGAACAAUCCGCAGGCGUCUGUUGGCAGCCGGAGAGGCACGCAAGAUGAAAACUGCAGCGGUGUCGUCGCUAUCGCGAACCGUGCCGAUUCAUGUGACCGACGGUCGAACACAUGUCAGCCGGAUCCCGAAACUCCGGUGAGGAGUUUGUCAAAAUCCAAGAAAUCACUGUCCAAAGAAAAGCAGAACAAAAAGAAGCCAACGAGCAAAGGCAAGGGACAUCCUUCGAUCAUUGCGAGCAGCGGUUUGCGAGGAAUUCGGAGGCUCGUACUCAACAGCUCACUCCGCAGUGGAAGAAUAAUUCGCUACCGUAAUAGUUUCACUAACGUGCGCCAGCUAUCAAAACCAAAAGCGAAAGAACUAACAAAUCUGAAUGGUGCGAACAAAGAACUACCAAACGGCGAGCUGCUUAGUCGAUCGUCGAAAAACUGCAUCGACGAAUCGUCCGAGCAUGGAUACUCGGUGCCGGUUGUGCAAAAUCUUAAUAAAGAGCAGCAGUCCUCCACACCGGUACCUUCGCCCUCGUCGUCCAGUACGGUGACAAAAAAAGCGAAACGCUCGACUCAGCGUCGCCGGUGCUCGGUAGAUAGCGCGGUCAGUAGCUCAACCAGCGCCGAAAUGCUCGAACAGGCGGGUAAGCGGUCACGAGAAUGCCAAACCGUGGAAACGUUUCCACCGAUGUCUUCGAUCGCUGCACCACUUCCAGCUGUCGUUAACGAAGGCAAGCGUCUACGUAACCCACUCAAUCGUGUCGAUGGAGAGGUCCUGCACGUGUUUCUGCUCGGUGAGCAGCUUGUCGUGGUUCAGAAGGAGCUAGUCAGCUUUUGGCGGUACUCUCGGUUGAGCGUACUGCUUGGGGUGAAGCAGGAAUGGCAACGCAUUGGACAGAUCCGACGAUGGAAUCGCGAUACCGAAGUCGACAUGCAAAACGCCAAUCGAAUCGUCUUUAAUCAGCAAGAUCCAAUCUACCUGGAGCCGAGGGCACGCAACUUGAGCGAUGAUAAAUCACGCACGUGUCCACUAGCGUCGAUCUACUUGAAUGCGUACUUCAUCGAUACAGGCGUUGCGGUAGCGCCGAGAACCAAAUUCGGUGAAACCACUGGAUCCGCCGUCACCGUGGACGAUGGUGGUGUCGUUGACGAAGAAGAAAGUGCCGAUGCCAGCGGAGAACAGCUGCGGUUAAAAUCGUUUCAGUUAGACACCGUUAAAAGCAAACUGGAAGAUAUCCGGUUCGUGCCAUUACCAAACACGCGGGAUUUUAUCGUUUGCUGGCACGAGCACGUGUCAGAGUUGGAAUCGCGCACGGGCUUGUGCAAAUACAGCCUUACUCCGGAUCUGCAAACGUUGGCUUGCAUUCGUGAAUUCGCCUGCGUCAAGCAGAGGCUGGUUGCGCUGAAAUGCAUAAACGACAAGAAACUGCUCGGCCUAGGUACCACGACCGUGCACAUCUGGUGCUAUGAGAGUGGGUUUCUGCUGCGAACAGUUGAUUUAAAAAUCGAGCUUGGAUUGAUUGUGGCUUGCUUCCUGCACAUCGAAGCGGACGACAACACUCUGGUCAUGCUGCAAAUACAGCAACCAGAAAAUUCUGCCAGCUUAAACCGAAAGCUGCUGAAAUCGAUUGCCAUUAACCUGGGCAAACCGACCUGGUACAUUGCUCACAGCUUUGAGAUUGCGCUGGCUUCGAUGAGUAUUACGAGUGAGAGCCAACAGUGGGCACUGGACGACCACCACUCCAACCACCGGCACUGCCUAACGUUCGACAGUGGCGAGUUACUUCUGGUCAGUCUGAAUGACCCAACCGUCUGUUGGACGAACCAUCAGCGGCUGGAGAAGGAUUUGUUGCGCGCGGAGAGUGGAUCUCUACACAUUUACAGUCGCCUGCGGAGCAAUGACGGUGUUAACGAUUUUUACCGGCCGCGCGAACGCAUACUGAACGGAUGCCACUGGAACAACGGGCGCGAUCUUGUGUUUCUCAGCGAUCAAUCUCUCAUGGUCAAAUCAAUCGACGAGUACAUGCUGGACGAUACGAAAAGAUAAAUCGAUAAAGAUGGGCGGGA